AUGGUACAUCACUGCUGCUUGCUAUGGCCUUGUGAAAACAGAAGCAUUUCUUUACCCAUUCUGUAAACAAAGUUGGAGGAAGACCGACUUUCUGUCAUCGAAAGAGACAACCAUUUGCUGCUGGAGAAGAUGUCCUGCAUCAUAAGAACAAAGGGACAAAUCGACAACAAAAAUGACGCUAAGGCCAAAAGUUUAAAUGGAGAAAAACGAAAGCAGGAGCUGCGGAGAGAGAACCAGGAGAACCGCGCCAUUCUGGAUAGAAUUACAAAGUCCCCGCCUCAGUAUCAAGUUCAGCAAUGGCAUGAGGAUUGGCAACGAGCUGAAAAAUACAUGGCCAAUGUUGCGCCAUAUCCUCGUGGGCGGUGUAAAUCACAGAGCCAAAAGAAAGGAGAAUAG